AUGCGCAGGCUACGCCCAUCCCUGGCCUUGAUGGCCAAUAUUACUUAUCUCUUCCCAAUUGUUGCUGGACAUAGUUGGGUUGAGGAGCUCACCGUUAUUGCCAAAAACGGAACAUUUAUCGGGGAUCCUGGCUUUCCACGGGGAUAUGUCCCCCGCGACAAACCUGGUUUCUCAGACCCUAUGAUGCAAUAUCUGCUCCCGUUACCUCCAGCCAGCCGCCCAGGUCCACCUCCUCCAGGACCACCAAAGAUCUUACCGACUGAUAAUAUUUGCAAGGACACUCAAAUGAAACAAGUCCAAACUGAUGGGAAACCACGUCUCAAGGCGCCACCUGGCUCCCCCGUCGCUUUGAGAUACCAGGAAAACGGUCAUGUCACAAUCCCCUCGAAUACUCCGGGAAAGCCAGAGAACCGCGGCACAGUAUAUGUGUACGGCACCACAGACCCCAAACCUGACGAUAAGUUCACUUCAAUCCACAAAGUUUGGACUCAGGAUGGCACUGGUGGUGAUCGUAGGGGCAUGCUUCUUUCGGUGCAGAAUUAUGAUGAUAGCAGAUGCUAUCAAAUAAACGACCACAAGAUCUCCAAGGAACGUCAAAAGCAGUUUCCCCAUGACGACAAUACACCACAGGGACAAAAUCUGUGGUGCCAGCAUGACUUAGCCCUACCCAAGAAUGCCCCCGAAGGAAAACCCUAUACGUUGUACUGGGUGUGGGACUGGCCAACCAUCGCUGAUGAAAAGAACGGCAUUACCGGCCACCAGGAGAUAUACACCACCUGCAUGGAUAUCGAUAUCACGUCUGCGAGUAAACUUAAGGUGGUAGCCCAGGGAGAGCCGUCUACGUUGAAAUUUGCUGAAGGCCAGGAUCUGGGCUCUGCUGCUAUACCCACCCAAUUCGAGAACCUGCAAGCCCCAACGAUUCCAGGUGAUCUGGGUUCGGGUUCUUCUCCACCACCGUCCACGCCUUCUACAGCAGCAUCGCAGGAGCCUCUGCCGACUGGUGGAAAACCAGCUCCAUCACCAUCAUCAGCAUCGGAGCCGGAGACGAGGCCAGAUCCGGCGGGUGAUUGUGGUUACCCGCCCGUGCCUGUUACAGCGACCGCAGUCACAACUACUUCUACAUCAGCGUCGCCUAGUGAUGUUGUGACUCCCAACCCACCCUCUACUCCGGGAUCAAGUCCUACACCCAGUUACGAUGGUGGACCAGGGUUCGCACCCUUAACUCUAGACCCAGACGGAAAUUUGCCCGAACCCUCACCAAGCACCACAGAAAUCUCAGCCACAACUCCUACCAACCCCACAACCGUGGAUUAUCCUGAAGAUUCUUCGCAAACCCCUCAGCCAACGAGAUCCGAUCCAGAAUCAAAUCCCCCGGCCAUCAUCCCAUUACUGCCCAACCGACCCAGCAAUAGCUUCCCUGCUUCUAAUUCACCGUCUAACGUUCUACCAAUCGUAGCAGAAUCGCCGACAUCCACGCAGCCCCAGUUUCUUGUGUCUACGGUUACAGUAACGGCCAUUAAGACCGUCUACCCCACAUCUCCGCCUGAUAGCCCUAUUCCCACCCCUACUGCGCAUGCGCAGGCACAGGGGAAAGCAAAAGCUCAAACAGCACCCACGGCCAUUUCCCCAUCGUCUGGGUUUAUAGUAUCGAUUCGACCCUCUGCACCCUCACCUCCUCCCUCGCCAUCGCCUCAGGCAGCGGAGCUUCCACCACGAGAAUCGCCCGAACCAGACUGUGUCUCCGAUCACGACAACGGCUCCUUCCCCCCUCCUACUCCAACACCGGCGUUGGAAUCUGCUCCCCCUCCCCCUUCCACUCCUCCUUCACAGCCAUCUCCUUCCGGCCCCAGCAAAAGGGCUUUUCGGACUUUGAGUUCCCGCUUUCGAAAGAACUUGGCUGUGAUUCGUGCGGGUGGUCGGGUGGUAUGA